AUGAGUUCUCUGGAGACUCUCCCUGCUGAAAUUUUGUUGCAAGUUCAGGGACUUCUUCCAGAAGAGUCCCAGGCGAUGUUCCCACUCCUCAAUCACCAAAUUCGGAACAAAGUUGGGCAUCGUCCCACCACUCUAAGCAGGGAGGCGCAUCACCGAGUUUUACAAUUCUUGGACAAUGAUGGCAUCUAUGCGUCGCCUCUCUGUAUCGCUUGCAAAGACUGCAGAACUUUCCACUCGCCGUCAUCAUCCGUCCCGCUGAGGCCAGGAUAUCAACACAACGUCGUUGGCCUGUCGACCCGACGACCGUGCGCUGCACCCAACGCUUCCCUUCCCGAGGAUCACCUCUAUAUAGGCGCCAAGAUGUGGUCAAACUUCUUGCCGUGGAAAAUGCGUUUCAACGUAGUAGCCGGUAUUCUGAGAUCGCAGCGCUUGCGGCCGUCAGAGACCAUGGCGACGACUAUGCCUGUCUCCAGGGAAUUUUACAGAACCUUGAACUUCUGGAUACAAUGUAUAUCCGAAUGCCGAAUUGUCGACGGCUGUUUGUUUCUCAAGACCCGGGAUUUCGUUCUGCUGAGAAGAGAUAUGCGUCACGUUAAGCACAGGGGGAGGCUCCUGGGAAAAGAUGACAGAUUCUGGUACCUGAGCGGAUGCUGCCCUCACAGCCACCGUACCUGGACAGCCGGUGAUCUGAAAAUUGUGUUGGGAACUGCCGACAAACGCAAUGUUCCCGUUCAGUCCACUCCGGAUCUUCAAGAAGAUGAAGGCUGUAUCUGGGAAUAUAGGCAGAGACCUCCGAAGAGUCUUGUGGAAAACAACGGGAAGAUAUUCAGUUGUAAGCGUUGCUGGAUGGACUACUCGUUUGAGUUCUGGACCAGUCCCUCGUCUCGAGCUCGCUUGGUCAUUCUGACAAGCUGGAGGAAUCUCGGGAAAGGAGCUACAGACGACGACCCGAUGUGGCGGUCACAUUUGCUGCGCUCAUGGGGACGUCCUACAAGAAGUAGACUUUGUCCUAGGCCAGCAAGAUGUGUUUUUGAAGCAUACGAAAAAGCAAACUAG